AUGGAGACUCCCACAGCCAUUGUGCAGAAAGGACCACGCAGCUGGGGCAGUGGAGAGAGAACUACACAUGUGUGCAUGUCCCACGAGGACUGGCACUGUGUUCAGCCCAUGCACAAGUUCUCAGCCAAAAAUAUUCAUGGGCACAUGGAUAACGUAGAAAAGCACUGGGGCUUUGUGUGCAUCGUCACUAAUGUGGCCUCUCAAUGAGGCAAAACAGACAUAAACUACAUUCAGCUUAUUGACCUGCAUACCCGAUAUGCUGAGUAUGGUUUACAGAUUCUGACUUUCCCUUGCAACCAGUUCAGGAGGCAAGAGCCAGGGACUAAUAAUGCAGAGGUCAAAGAGUUCACUGCCAGCUAUAAUGUCAAAUUUGAUGUGUACAGCAAGAUCUGUGUGAAGGGGGAUGAUGCCCACCUGCUGUGGAAGUGGAUGAAAGUCCAGCCCAAUGGAAGGGGCAUCCUAGGAAAUGCCAUCACAUGGAACUUCACCAAGUUCUUCAUUGACAAGAAAGGUUGUGUGGUAAAGCUGUAUGGUUCCAUGGAAGAGCCACUGAUCAUAAAGAAGGACCUGCCCUGCUACCUGUGCUCCACAAGUGUGUACCCUCCAACUAAGCCCACCACCCAUGCCCAUCGGACCUUUCCACCUGGCACCCAUAACAUUCUGUCUAAACAUCAGCUUGCUGGUGGGGCAGACCUGAGAACCUGGUACACCCUUGCAUGA